GUUUGGCGGUGAGCCCCGGUACACCUGGCCCCUCCCGUCCGGUCCGCUACUCCGGUACCUGCAGCCGCCACCACUUUUCGAAGCGGGAGAAGGAAGCGAAAGCCAUUGAGAAACCGGCUGGACGUCAGACUCCGGAGCACGUCUGGGAGUCAGACAGGGCGAGGCGGGCCCGAGAUGAUGCUGGGCUGGGAACUCCGGUUCCUCUUGCUCCUACUCUUUCUAGCGUGCCACACUCCUCCAGGCGAUGGCAAUGAAGGUAGCAUCGCUGGAAGUUGUCCCUGUGAUAGAAGAAUUUCUUCCCACUCCCCUCCUAACAUGGGACAUCUCCGAAAAUACCUGAAAGUCUAUCAACGUUGCUCUAACUACGUCAGGUUCCAGCUACCCUUGGGAAGUGUGUGUGGAGGCAGCAGUGACCGGUGGGUCCAGGAACUGAUGCGCUGCUUUGAUCGUGAAGAAUGUGGACGUGCUCACGCCAGGAGUGUGGCCCGCGAGGGACAUGUACCUCCCCGCAGCACCCAGGUUCCUGAGCCCACAGAAAAGACACCUUCAGCCACGGGCACCCCUGCACAGAAGUACCUGCCAUCCACCCUGCAGCCUUCCCAGCAGCCCACCCCUCCAGAAAGAGCACCUUCGUUGGACAAAAACCUCAUCCACCCCAAUGAGACUACCACUUACACUUCGGGCCACCGUCUGGGGGCAAGGCCUGGGACCAUGGGGAACCAGAAGCAGCUGGGAGAAAAUGUGGGUCCUGCAGCUGGGACAUCAGCCAUGGUGCCGGUGCUGUCCCUCUUGGGCAUCGUUUUCCUCCUCACUGGAGCCCUGCUCUACAUGCUGUGCAAGAAGAGGAGGGAGCAGUCACUGCAGUGUCCUCCAGAUUUGCACCUUCAUUAUGUGCGUGUGGCAGCAGACGCCAAUGCUUCAAGAAUGGAAGCUUGUGAGGGCAGAUUAUGAUUUAUUCAGUAUCAAAUGCGGUUAAUAUACUAGAGCAAUCCCUGGCACAUGGUAGGCACUCUCUACAUAUUUGUCAAUGUUUAAUACACAACUAACCAGCCACUGCCCUCUCUUAAACCUUCCCUCCGUUUGUUUUUUUUUUUCUAUGCUGUAAUGUAAAAUCACCUCUUAUACUAGAUAUCUUGUACAAAUUCUAUAUGUGGAUUUUUUUAACUACUAAAACUUAUUUUUAUAA